AUGGGCUCAGCAGCACAGCUGCGAUUGUUGCUAUGGAAGAAUUUUCUACAACAAAUUCGUUCACCAUGGUUCACAUUUAUGGAAUUUUUCAUCCCGCUCCUUCUCAUAGCUAUCAGUUUCGGAUUGAUGAUAGGGUUGCGAGGAAAUUUCGAAAAAUAUCAUUAUGAGAAAAACUAUCAGCCAUGGCCGGUGAUGGGAAGUGGUGUUGACUUCAUCUAUCCAACAAACAUCAGCAGGCCCGAUGUGAGUUGAUU